GAAUGGAUCAUCGUGCUCAAGCGCGCGAGGUAUUCGUUCGAGCUCAACUGGAGGCUGUUCAGAAAGCGAUCACGAAAAAUGAGGUUCCAUUGAAACCAAAACAUGCGAGAACCAUAAUAGUAGGAACACACAAGGAGAAAUCAUCUGGAAUCUUCUGGCAUACUGUAGGACGGAUUCAGUUGGAGAAACAUCCUGUACUCACUUGGAAGUUCUGUCAUUUGGUGCACAAAUUGCUUCGAGAUGGACAUCGAAAGGUUCCUGAAGAGACUUACAGAUAUGUUAAUCGAUUCACUCAACUUUCUCAAUUCUGGAAACAUUUGAAUACAAGUGGAUAUGGUCCAUGCAUUGAGUCAUACUGUAAAUUACUUCACGAUCGAGUCACUUUUCACAACAAAUAUCCAGUUGUUCCGGGGAAGUUGGAUUUGAAUGAUUCACAACUGAAAACAUUAGAAGGAGAUUUAGACAAUAUGUUUGAGAUGACAAUUGAUAUGUUGGAUCAGAUGGAUGCACUUCUUGUAUUGCAGGAUAGAGUGUAUGAAAUGAUGAAUUCCCUACGCUGGAAUUCUCUAAUUCCACAAGGACAAUGUAUGCUUUCUCCACUGAUUAUUGCAAUUCUGGAUACCAGUAAAUUCUACGAUUAUCUCGUUAAAAUGAUCUUCAAACUUCAUAGUCAAGUUCCUCCAGAUGCAUUAGAAGGUCAUCGUUCCAGAUUCCGAACAAUUUUCGAGAGAACUAAGAAGUUUUACGAAGAAUCAUCGAAUCUUCAGUAUUUCAAAUAUCUUGUUUCAAUUCCAACAUUGCCAUCUCAUGCACCGAACUUCCUUCAACAAUCCGAUCUUGAAUCUUAUCGAACACCUCAUGCAUAUCUUCAUUCGGAAGGUUCAGAAGAUGGAACUUCUCUCAACGGACAUGACGGGGAAUUAUUGAAUUUAGCUGAAGCAGAGCCACAACAAGCGAGUCCAUCGAGUCAGCCAGAUCCUAGAGAAGAACAAAUUGUUAUGUUGAGUCGUGCUGUUGAAGAUGAAAAAUUUGCGAAGGAACGACUCAUUCAAGAAGCGCGCAGCCGCAUCGAACAAUAUGAGAACCGUUUAUUGCAAAUGCAAGGAGAAUUUGAUCACGCAAAACGAGAAGCUGAUGAGAAUCGAGAGGAGGCACAGAGACUGAAGAACGAGCUUGCACUUCGUGAUGCAUCAAGAACUCAGACAGACGAUGCACGUGUAAAAGAAGCAGAAUUGAAAGCAACGGCAGCUGAGGAAAGAUUUAAUAAAAUGAAAGGAGUUUACGAAAAGUUCCGAAGUGAACACGUUUUAGCGCUCACAAAAUUAGGAGAUAUUCAAAAACAACUAGAAGCUAGUGAAAAAUCGAAAUUCGAUAAGGACGAAGAGAUUACUGCUUUGAAUCGAAAAGUAGAAGAAGCUCAACGAGAAGCUGGAAGAGCUUUGACAAAGGCGGAGGGUGAUGCUGGAGCAGUUGAUGAGAUGAGAACUCAAUUGGUUAAGGCUGAUAUUGAAGUUGAGGAGCUGAAAAGGACAAUCGAUCAUCUUCGAGAAUCACACGCCAAUCAAUUAGUUCAAUCAUCUGCUGAAGAAACUAAUAAGAUCCGGCUCGCUGAGUUAGAAGUAGCCAAGGAAUCUGGUGUUGGAAUUACACAAAUGUUUGAUCAUUGUGAAGAUGCUCUACAGAAUGCUACGUCUAUCACUUAUCCUCCACAUCUCGCCCAGUCAGCAAUGAAUAAUCUCGUCAAUAUUCUCUCGAAUGAACGUCUUGAUGAACCACUCGCUACAAAGGAUAAUGUUUUCGCUGGACAUCUUUUAUCUACAACUCUCUCUGCUGCAGCUUCAGCUGCUUACACUGCAAGUAUCGAGAGUUAUGAAGGUGUAAAUGAUCAGUGCAAGAAGGUUCUGGCUGCUGCAAAAGUUGCAUUUUCUGAUGACAGUGCUCUUUCAAGAGCUGAUAAAAUGAAAUUACUUAGACAAGAUAUACAAACAUUGAAUUCAUUGAUGAUAUCACUUCCUCUUCAAACAGAUAUUGAUAAAGAUGUUGUUGGAAAUGAAUUGGAACAAGAAAUGAGACGAAUGGAUGAUGCUAUUCGAAGAGCUGUUCAAGAAAUUGAAGCAAUUCAAAGAAGAGCUCGUGAGAGUUCAGAUGGAAUUCGUCUUGAAGUGAAUGAAUCGAUUCUUGCAAAUUGUCAAGCUUUGAUGUCAGUAAUCAUGCAAUUAGUAAUUGCAUCAAGAGAACUUCAAACUGAAAUUGUCGCAGCUGGAAAAGCAGGAGGAUCGCCUGCAGAAUUCUACAAAAGAAAUCAUCAAUGGACAGAAGGACUCUUGUCAGCUGCAAAAGCUGUUGGUGUGGCUGCUAGAGUGUUGGUCGAGUCAGCUGAUGGUGUUGUGACUGGAAAAGGAAAAUUCGAGCAUUUGAUUGUUGCUGCUCAAGAGAUUGCAGCUUCAACUGCACAAUUAUUUGUUUCCAGCAGAGUAAAAGCUGACAAGGAUUCGUCAAAAUUGGACGCUCUCUCGGUUGCUGCAAAAGCCGUUAAUCAAAAUACUGCCCAGGUGGUUGCUGCUGUCAAAAACGGUCAAACAACUCUCAACGAUGAAGGUUCACUUGAUUUCUCAUAUCUUUCGUUGCACGCUGCGAAGAAAGAAGAAAUGGAAUCACAAGUGAAAAUGCUGGAAUUGGAGCAAAGUUUGAAUCAAGAAAGAGCAAAGUUGGCGGCUCUCCGCAAGCAGCAUUAUCACAUGGCUCAGUUGGUUGCGAACAAGAGCUAAUAGAAAACUGACUAUCGAAUUAGGAAUCAAGGAAUUUAAAGGUUUGAGCACUCCCCCCAAAAGCUCUCUUUUAACAUCACUCCCUAUGUUUGUAUCCCGUGCACAUUUACCAAGAAUACAAAAACAAGCUACACCUUAUUUGAAAAUUAUUACAACUCGUUUAAAUCAAUUUAAAUUUCAGGAAGGAGAAGAAGCUCAGGAAUAACCAACAAUCUAUCCGAGUAUUUCCAAAAUUGUACAAUCUUACUCAAAUUGCUUUUUUUUUAUACCAUAUUUAUAUACAUCAAUGCCUUACCCUCUUUUUUCACUAAAAUCUCAAAUUGCUCCACUGCUUAAUUUGUUUAUACCAAUUUUAUCGUCCCACUUUGAGAAACUAGUCACUCCCAGUGUCCUGUGAUUUCGGUGCCCAUCCAACAGUCUAUAGAGAAAUGUUUUAUAAUUUGUAAAUGUUUGUAAAUCUCUUAUUCUAAAAGCAUCCCCCUUAAAUUGUAAGAAACAACUUCUGAAUAUGAAAUUGAUUUCCAAAA